AUGAGUACUUCAAUAUGGAGGCUUGGUUCCAAAAGUACUCAUCAUAUCCGACGGGACAGUAAAGGCGAACUGUGCAUGCAUUGGUGGUGUAGUCACGCCACAGACUUCACUUGUUUGGCUCAGUGGAUAGAACGCGAAGUUACUGACCAGAAUGUUCACGGCUUGGGCAACCUGGCAGUAUCCCAGUCUUCAUGCUUCCCUCUGAUGGCAUUACAGUUGGGCAACGAAAGUGUGCUACAGCUGAUCGAUCGAUCGAUUAUUCUUGUUUGUUACAUAACAGAAACUUUGCUUAGAACGCCCCAGUCAAAGCACGCACAAAACACAUACAAACUGCUUUACAUUGAUCAAGGAUCAUCUGAGACGUUUUUAACUCAUGACAAAAUUAUUUAUUUAUACGCAUCUCACACGCGCAAAAGUAUUUUGCUAGACGCCAGGUUGAGAACAAGGCGUCUCGCAAUCAGUGCUUCUAUCUCCCAAGGACGGAAAAAUGUGCCUCAUGCAUUAAAAGUUUUGCCUUUGUUUGUAUCUCAUCAAAAUAGGCAGCAGACGCAUAAGACGAGAUAG